AUGGAGCCCUUCAAAAUCAUCAUCGUCGGCGGCGGCAUCGCCGGCCUCGCAGCUGCAAUCGCCCUCCGCGCCCCUGGCCGCGAAAUCCUAAUCCUAGAGCAAUCCCCCCUGCACCGGGAAAUCGGCGCCACCAUCUCGCUGCAGCCCAACGCCUCCCGCAUCGUCGAGACGCAGUGGGAUCUGGCCGCCGCCCUGCGCGCCCGCGGCGCGAUGAUCGACUCCGCCUUCGAGGUCUACGACCUCACCGGCCAGCUCCAGAACCGCGUCCCGCUGCGCACGCGCGACCGCUACGGCGCCGAGCGCAUGAUCUACCACCGCGCGGACCUGCACGAGGCCCUGAAGCAGCGCGCUACUGAUCCCGGGUACCCGGGGGACGCUGUGCAGAUCCGCACAGGCUGUCGGGUGCGGGCGGUGGAUUGCGAGCGCGGCGCGGUGCAGUUGGAGACUGGGGAGGUGGUGGCGGGGCAUGUGGUGGUGGGGGCGGAUGGGAUCAAGAGUCUGGUGCGGCGGGCGGUGUUGGGCCCCGAUGCUGGUGCCGAGGAAAGGGAGGGUGAGGCGCGGCCGACGGGCCUCUGUGCGUAUCGCAUGAUGAUCCCGACGGAGAAGUUGAUGCAGGAGCCUGUCUUCGCGGGGGUCGUGGAUCCCCGCGCCCCGCAAACGACGAUGGUUGUCGGGGAUGACCGUCGGCUGAUCAUGGGCCCGGCGCGGAGCGGCUCGAUCUACGGCGUUGUGGCGCUCGUGCCGGAUGAGCGCAUGAAUGAGUCGUCCCGGGAUACGAGUUGGACGACGGAGGGCGAUCAUGCGAAGAUGAUGCUGACCUUCCAGGAUUUCCCGGCGUGGGCGCAGACGCCCCUCCGGCUGGCGGAGGAGGUCGGGCUGUGGCAGCUCCGCGAUCUGGAUCCGUUGCGCACGUGGUGCCGGGGACGGGUGAUUCUGGUGGGCGAUGCGGCGCAUGCGAUGCUGCCGACGCAGGGCCAGGGAGCUAGUCAGGCGGUUGAGGAUGCGGAGGCGCUGGGCGCCUUUUUCGAGGAGUUGGAGGUGGCCGGCAAGCAUUUGAGUGCGGAGGAGGUGGGCGCGGUGCUGCGCAGGGUGUUUGAGUGUCGGUUCGAGCGCGCCUCCACGAUCCAGGCGUACAGUCGGCAGGUCGCGAGGCCGGCGACGGAUGCGGACUCCAUCCGCGUGGCGAUGAAUCCGGCUGAGUUUAUGGACUAUAAUUGCUCGUAUCGGGGCGCGGCGGAGUGGUGUCGGAGGCAGGCGGAGAGAAAAGCGAUUGAGUGUCAGUGA